CACAGGGCUAAACAUGCUGCUGCGCAUUCAAUUCAGAUCUCAGGUGAGCGAGCAGCAUCGAUCUCGUCUCGUCUCCAACGUUGGCUGAUCGCAGUCGUCGCAGCAAAGCCGGAGAGAAGAGGGGUUCCGGUCGAUCAGAUCGAUGGCGAUCAGGAACAUGACGGUGGCGACGACGCGGUCGCUGGACGGCGACAUGACGGUGGACGAGUUCAAGGAGUGGCUGAGGCGGUUCGACGUGGACCGCGACGGGCGCAUCAGCCGCGACGAGCUGCGGCGCGCCAUGCGCGCCAUCCGGGCGCGGUUCACGGGGUGGAGGAGCAGGCAGGGCAUCAGCUACGCCGACGCCGACGGCGACGGCUACAUCGACGACGGCGAGGUGGACGGCCUCAUCGAGUACGCCCAGAAGAGCCUCGGCCUCAGGAUCGUCGCCUACUAGCAAGCCAGCUAGCUAUACCCAUGGCUAGAGCUAGCUAGCUCCUAAUUGCAGCUCGAGCUCGAUCCAGCCGGCCGGCCGGCCGGACAUGUGUGCGGCCUAAAUAAUCUCCCAUCUUGAUCGAUCGCUUGUUACGACUUCAUCUCUUGCUUUCUUGUACUUAACUUAAUCAACUUCGUGUACUGUGUGUGUGUGCUUGUGAUCUACCCUGUAUUAAUUGGUGUGUUACUGAUUGCUCUUUUGAGACAAGAGAGAUCAAUUGACCAUGUAUUUUCUUGAUCCACGAAACAUAACUGGUUUUUAUGAACUUAAUUACAACAUCGACCUCUGGUCUGCAUGUGGAUAAACAG